UGCGUGUUCAGUUCUGGUGUGGUAACUGCUCGAUGAUGAUGCUGAUGAAAGCCACCGACCAGGAACAUCCUGCUGUAACAGACAUAAAAACGUCCCAGCGGUCCUUCAUUAAACGGCCGUCUGCUGAGUUCUGGCUGUGAGUGUAUUUCACCUUACAGAAAAAGAGAGGAAGGUGAAAAGCAGAAGUGGAAAACUUCCUGAAUCUCAAAACGUCUCCUGUGUGCUCAUUCUCAUAUUUCCCUCUUACUCAUUCAAAAACCAAACACUCAGCGGGCUUUAGCGGAUGAUUCUGAUUCUGAUUUAUCUGUUCAGGUUGGACAAGAGCUGGUAACACCAAAAUGCUCUCGGAGCGAAAUGAAAGCUUGACGACUCCAGUCCCCGGUGGUGGCGGAGGCGGAGGGUGCCCACCAGUUGGUAUUCAGCUGGAGGGUUUGAUCCUGCCCCCGGUCCUCACCAUUGACGUCAUACUGGGACUGCUGGGAAACAUAGUUGCCCUGUGGAUCUUCUGCUUUAAACUGAAGGCCUGGAAUCCCAACAAUCUGUUCCUCUUCAACUUGGUCAUUGCCGACUUCUUGGCUCUGGUGAGUCUGCCGCUGAGAAUCGAUGCCCUGCUCAGGGGCCACUGGGUGUUUGGAGACGGCUUGUGCCGAAUCAACCUCUUCCUGAUGUUUUCCAACCGAACGGCCAGCAUCGCACUCAUGACUGUGGUGGCAAUUUACCGCUACUUUAAGGUGGUCCACCCUCACCACCGAUUCAACCGUAUGACCAAGCGGCACGCUGCGUUCGUGUCAGUGUUUGUCUGGAUGCUGGUGAUCAGCCCUCGGGUUCCCAUGCUGGCUUACAACCACAUCAAGGGCAGCGGCAACAGGACCCAGUGCUUCUUCUUCACUUCUUACAAAGAGGCGUCACGAGGCAUCAUCAUCCUGGUGGGCAUGCACCGGAUCCUGACGGUGGUGGAGUUCAUCAUCCCGCUGGCCAUGCUGCUGUUCUGCUCCAUCCGGAUCUCCAGAUUUCUGAAAGCGCGACAGAUGGGAAAACCAGACAAGGUGCGGAAAGCGAUGCGAGUGUGCGUUGCCAUCGUCGCAGUGUUCAUGGUGUGCUUCUUACCCACCACGGUGACGACGAUCGGGGUGUGGGUCAUCCGCUCGUACCGCCCCUGGGACUGCACCUCCUUCUACACCUUCACCCAGCUCACCAUCGUGUCUUUGGGGUUGAACUUCCUGAACUCUGCCCUGGACCCCAUCGUCUAUGUGUUCUCCAGCUCCAUGUUCAGGAAGGCCCUCUGCAGCUCGCUGCCCCCGGCCCUGCGCUGCCGGCAGGACGCAGGUGAGGGUGAGAACGCUGCAUCCUCGUCAGGGACUCAGUCGACCACCCAGGAGGAGCUGAAAUCCAUGAGGGCUGAUAGAGCAAGUGAAGCCAUGUGAAAAGUGCUCUGUGAUAACGACCAGAUCGAACAGCGUUGAGAUGAUUUCUGCAGUGUUUUGUAUUGACUCACGUGUGCUGAUUUUGGGUUCUUUUUUUUUUAUACCAUUAAAGUUUUGUUUGCAGUCGUCA